AUGACCACCCUUCCCCCUUUCAUCCCGCCCACUCACGCCGCGGUGGCUAUCACCGCUCCGCGCCAGCCGCUGCAACUCACCACGCUGCCCACACACCCACCUCUCCCCUCCGAAGCCCUCAUCCGCGUCACCUGGACGGCCUCUACCCCUCUCAACCUCCACCGCGCCGACGGCGGCCUCUUGCUAGGCGACGUCUCCGCCACUAACCCCUUCAUCCUGGGCUCCUCGUUCGGCGGCACCGUCGUCGCCUUAGGUUCGGAGCUCAGUCAUGUGCGGGUGGGCGACAAGGUGUUUGGCUUCGUUCAGGACGGCGAACCCAAAGAGGCUGGGUUCCAGGAGUAUGUCACUGUGCCGGUGUGGCGGGUGAGUAAGCUUCCCAGGGGGUUGCGACUGAAACAGGCGGUGGCGGUGCCGACGAAUUUGGUUACUGCUUUCCACACCAUUAGGGAGGAUCUGGGACUGGAGUUGCCGUGGCCAAUUCCGCAGGGAUGGGUGCCGUCGCGCGCAGACGACGUGAUCCUGGUCUGGGGCGCGGCGAGCAGCGUGGGCAUGUAUCUCGUGCAAGUGCUGAGGCACUGGGGGUACCGGAAUGUGCUGGCUGUUGCGAGCGAGCGCCAUCAUCGCAUGUUGAAGGAGUUGGGAGCCGGGGCGUGUUUCGACUAUCGGAGAGAAAAUGCAGUAGAGGAGAUCCUGGGGCAUAUUGCCAAGCAGCAUGACGCGGAUGUGCUGCCGAAGGUGCCGUAUAUUGUGGACUGCAUUGGGUCGAAGGAAGGAACUCUGCGACCUCUGACCAAGAUCGCCGAGAAAGGAACUAAGGUUGCGGUCAUGCUGCCUGUCAUCAAUGUUCAUGCGGCCAGAGAUAGGGAGCCGGACCUCGAGAUGGACGUCAGCAAGGCUCUUCCUGGGGAAUGGAAGGAGGGGAUUGAGCUGAAGGGAGUCAGGACGCAUGGUUACGCGAAGAACGAGUUCUUCAAGAGUCACCUUCAGCCCGAGAUCAUACCUGCCCUGCUGGAGCAAGAAGUCAUCCGGCCAAACAAGCAGAGAGUAGUAGAGGGUAGCACUCUGCUAGAAAGGGCAGAAAACGCCCUCAGCCUGCUUAGGGACAACGCGGUCUCGGGAGAAAAGCUCGUGUGGAGGGUGGCGGACGAAGAGGACUGA